UGAAAAAUGAAACUACUGUACUUCUCAACUACAAAAAGUUUCACACUGAUUUUGCUCGGCAUAAUUCUGCCAUUUUCAAUCCUUAAUCUUCCUCCAAUUUCAUGUUUCCAAAACGAAACGCAAACGAGAUGCAGAGAUCUGUUCAACUGCGGCGAACUCACCGGAAUCGGCUACCCGUUUUGGGGCGGCGAUAGACGGGAGGAAUGCGGCUACCCGCGCCUACAACUUGACUGUGAAAAUGCCACAACCACCAAAAUAAAGAUGAACGGCGUAGAGUAUCGUGUUUUGGAGUUGAAUCCAGAAACUCAAAUAAUCAGGAUCUCCAGAAACGAUCUCUCGCGGAGCUUCUGCCAACAUGAAUUCAAAAACUCGUCUCUGGAUUUUGGGCUUUUCGAUUUCGCCGGCGGCGGAUACGUGAAUCUGACGUUUCUGUACGGUUGCCCGGCGCUGGUUUUACCGGUGCCGAACCAAUUCGACUGCCCGGUGAAGGGGAUAGCGGAGAGAAAUGGUUAUGUGGAGUUUGGGACGAUGCAGCUUCCCGGGAUGUGCCACGUCAGCGUCGUGGUUCCGGUGAGCUAUGCGUCUCUGGCGAAUUUCAGCGAUGUGAAGGAGGUGGUGGAACAGGGGUUUGAGGUGCGGUUCAAGGUGGUGGAAGGCGGCGGAGCGUGCGGUGAGUGCCGGAGUUCCGGUGGGGGGUGCGGGUACGACGUUGCGCGGAAGCAGUUCGUUUGCUUUUGUCCCGAUGAGUCGGUGGCGAAGUCGGAAACAUGUGUUGCCGGCGCGGUGGCUGUUGCCGAAAAUUACAGCCCUCUAGCAUCCACGACGGUGGUAGCACCCGCAGCAUCAGAAUCAGGUACAGGUACGCAUGUACAGAUGUACUUGUAUUUUUCUUUUUUUCUUUGUUUCUUUUUUUUUUAACAUUAAAAAAAAAUUAUAAUUAAAAAUUAA